CAUCAUCCGAGGACAGAUCAUAAAUAUCUAAUUUAAUUAAUAAAAUAUUAUUAAAAAAAUAACUUGAAAUAUAAUAUAAAUAUAACGAAAAUACAAUACGACAUAAUUAAUUAUACAUUUACAUGUACGUAUUAAUAUCGAACAUAUGAUUUAAUCAUUUAUACUUCUCUGAGAGGGAGAGGAGAGCAAAUAUAUAUCAUUAUAUUUAAAAAGAAAGGUGAUCGUUUCUAAAUCGAAUAUAAUGUAUAUUUUAUAAGUUUAAUGGGACGAAACGUGUUCCCAACUUUCAUAUUUAAAAUCUAACGCUUAAUCUUACAUUGUACUUUAAAUGUGCUUCUCUACAAUAACUUAUAAUUCUCAUUUAUAGCAGAGAGAAAUUUUCAUUCUUUCAUUAUCGUUCAUUCCGAAUUUAAAUAAUUUGCAUUUACAAAAUGUGUUUUAAAUAUAAGUAGAUGGCAGCACGGAUCUACCUAGAUCUAGACUCUGGACGACUCAUGCCAUAACAAAUAGACGUCAUUGACAAUAGAAUCGAACAUAUGUAUGCAUUUAAAUUCAAAUUUUAAUCGAUGCACGUUCUUUAUAAUAAAUACAUAAUUUUGUAUUUUUCUAGAAGAGAGAUAUGUCAACACAAAGUUUAUGACAAUGUUGUAUGUUAACUGUUCAGAUUAUCAAUAGGACAAUUUUCAAAUCGAGGAGAAGAGAAACAAUCUGAUAUUGUGUGAUCUCAGCGUAGUUAUCAGUAGUUAUUUUCCAAACAUUCCUGGAAAAGAACACCAUCAUAACUGGGUUAAUGACAUAUGUAACAGAAGUGGAUGGAAUCUCGAGCAGACUGAUUCAUUUGAAUUUGUAACGUGAAUCGACAUGCCUGAACAACAUUCGAACGACCAAUAUCCAACAUGGGUUGGUCUCAUAUAUAUUUUCAAUCUAAUCGUUGGUACCGGAGCGUUAACAUUACCUGCUGUUUUUAGCAGAGCAGGAUGGGCUCUAGGAUUAAGUAUUAUUUUGAUUUUAGCCUUCAUAAGCUUUAUUACAGUAACAUUUGUCAUCGAGGUGAUGGCAUCCGCCAAUGCUAUAUUAACAUGGCGACACAUUCAACAUCGGAAACGUACAUGUUUAUCCCAAGAUUCAUCUUUCAACGAAUCAGGAUCUGAGGUUCUCCAAACCUUAGGAGAAUCUGGUCACUCGAAUUCAGACUCUGAAGAUACUCCACUAGUUGCACCGUUUUCAACUAGUCCCGAUCAAGCAGACAUGAGUUACAGAUAUUAUAUAAUUCGUGAUAAAAUAGAAAUGGGACAAAUGGCAUCGAUCUUUUUCAACAAGUUUGGAACGUCUCUAUUUUAUCUGUGUUUUGCUAUUUAUCUUUAUGGUGAUUUAAGUAUUUAUGGAGCAGCUGUUGCCAAAACUCUAGCUAAUGUUGCCUGCACUUAUCAACCAUCAAAUUUGACGUGCAAUGAUACAAUACCAGAUACUGAAGUUUGUUGGGAAGCAUUUGCUCUGAACCGAUUAGAUGCGUAUAGGAUAUUUCUUAGUACAUUUGUUCUUUUAUUGGGACCUUUUGUGUUCUUCAAUGUACAAAAGACUAAAUAUCUGCAAUUAUUAACAUCAGCAAUGCGGUGGCUAGCAUUUACUAUCAUGAUUGUAUAUGCUUUAAAAAAUUUAAUUAUUCAUGGUGCACAAGGGAACCCUUCAGCAGCAAACAUCAUUGGUAUACCUAGUUUAUUCGGUGCCUGCAUUUAUUCUUUCAUGUGUCAUCAUUCUUUACCAGCUUUAGUGGCACCAAUUGCAAACAAGGUCACUCUAACUCGAUUUUUGGCAUUGGAUUACUUCAUAAUAGCGUGUUUUUAUCUUUUACUAGCGUUAACUGGGGCAUUUGCUUUCGAGCAUUUAAAUGACCUUUACACGUUAGAUUUUAGCCCUCGUGGAUCCGGAGACUGUUCCACAAGUAAUAAUGUUUUUAUUAUUCUUAUAGAAUAUUUUUUGUCAUUGUUUCCAGUAUUUACAUUGAGUACUAGUUAUCCUAUUAUAGCUAUUACUCUUAGAAAUAAUUUACAAUCAUUGUACCUCAACGAUGAUUCGUCUCAUUUGUGUCUUCGUAAAUUCCUCUUACCAAUAUUAGCAGUAAUGCCAUCGUACUUAAUUGCAAUGAGUACCAAAGAUUUAUCGAUAUUAGUUGGAAUCACUGGAUCAUACGCUGGAGCUGUAAUCCAGUAUUUGAUUCCAACCUUUUUGGUGUAUUAUGCCAGGCAGAAAACAAGCAAAGUUAUAGGCCUUGGCGUUGUAAAUAAAUUUGCAAGUCCGUUCUCUAGUAAUUUUUGGCUGAUUUUUGUCAUCAUUUGGGCUAUUGCUUGCAUGAUUUUAGUUUCUGUCAAUUUUGUGCAACUACACUUCCAUAAUGUAGGUAUGAAUUUAUAAUGAAAAUUUAUAUAGUAUAAAAUUAAAAACAUGAAAGAGAGAAAGGAUUACUUAAUGGUGCAGAAUUAUUACGAAAGUAUGUGUCUAACAUGCCAAUGAAUUUGAGACUGAAUUAUUUACAGUAAUACACUUAGUUAAAAUUAUGUUAUUGUGUUAUGAAAAAAUAGGUGAAAUUGUGUUAAAGUUAUAACUUUAAUAACCUAUCGCGAAUGAAAGAGAAUGCUAUUCAAUUUCUAAUCAUGAACCAUGACAGAAACACUUUCAACUAUUAUGCGGUAACUCGCAUUGAAGAUUUAAACCUCCCAGAGUCCGAUACAAUAGUCAAAAUUCCUGUCAUAUUUUUAUAAGCCGACUUUCUGAUGUAUUGAAUGCUAAAACCUACUAUCAUACUGAUUUAUACUGUUCGCAAACUUCAUGGGGAAGUCUUGACAGCAAAUGUUGUCAGAUCGAUAGACAAAUUUUUCUAAUUAUUUCCAUGGACUGGUCAUCACAAUCUCUUGUAGGAAAUUGGCACACAAAACUGUUAGAACAAUAACUUAUCUUUUUACCAAAAUGUGUUGUCAUAAUGCAAUAGCCAAGCUAUGAAUGUCUACUAGAAACAAUUACUUAUCCCACGCCAAGUUUUUGUUAGACUCAUCUGUUAAAUAUUGGGAACCUAGAUCAUUCUGAAACCCCCUGCCGCUAUACACUUGUUACAUCAUGAAUGUCAAUUGGUCUCGACUUACAAGAAUGAAUAUUACCUUGGUUACCUAAAGUAGCUCUAGGAAUUUUAGUGUUGGGUCCUUACGCUUUUACUGUCCGAGCUCUUUUAACAGCUUGAGUCAUGAAAAAGUAUGAGUCGUUGAGCUAUACGAACUGCAAAAAGCUUGGGUGGCUUGAUAAAGGAUGAGAUUAAAACCAAGGAGACCAAUUUUUUCUACAGCUCGAGCUUUCUUGAUGGCCCGAAACGAUUCAAAAUGGCUUAAGCUUCUCAAGCUUUUUGAAGGUUCGAACUAGCUCAAGUAGCUCGAAGAUCCAACACUAAUUAUGUGUACAUAUGAAACGCUUGUACAGAUCAUAACCGAGGUUAUAAAAGCUGGCCCACUUUCCUUUCCGUUCAGUGAUGUAAAAAGAAAAGUUUUACAAAUCGUAAAAAGCUAUAUGAAAAUAUAUUAAUAUAGACGAAUGAAUAUAAUUUGCAGUAGUAUCAACAAGUAAAUUAUAUUUCCAUUUAUUUUUGGCACCGCUGUCAAAAAGUUAUCCUUUUUUUCUUCUAAGGAAAUAUAAUAAUAAAAGUUGUAACAAUAAUGAUAAUGUGACACAAUGUGUCAUGGUAAACUGACAAUACACUGGUACAAGUUGGGAUUAAUCAUUUUGUAUGAGCCAAAUGUAUAAAAGCUUGAAUUAAGUUCACGUUUGUAUAAUAUAUUUUUUGUUUUUACAAAUACAGUUUUAACUGUACGGAAAAUGUCUUUCAAAUAAGUGAUAUUUCGUGUGGCCAACAAUUUAUGUUUUAUUAUUAUUGUAUAAAGAUACAAAGAAUAGGCUUGUAAUUGAUAUGCGCACUCAUUAUAAAAAAAAUGAGGAUGGCCUAUUUUGUGCUUUUCAUUGAAACCAAAAGAAAAAUUCAAGUAUGUGAUUUUCUAGUAUUCAUGUUGAAUUAACAUUAUGCACAGAAAAAUAAAACAAAUUAAAUGAA